AUGAGUAUAGAGAAGGUUGAAAUAUUUACCCAGCCCGAAGAACACAGGCCUAGAUCUCCCUCGGUGGAAGAAUCAGCACGAGAGAAAUUGGAGCAAUUGAUAGAGAAACAUCCCAUCCCACCACCGGAGCCCAAUGUCGCGGACCCACAACUGGUUAGAGAAGCUACUUUGAACGAUAUUAAACAGCAGAUGGAUAGGAAAAACAACGGCACGAGCCAGCCCGAGCGAGAUCAAGAUGGCUUUGAGAUACCUCGGGGCAAAAUCCCCCUCGAUAGCCAAUUCUCAACUGAGGAGCUCAAGUAUAUCUUGGAAUUGUGCAAAGAGGAAGGGGUGUUGAAAGGCGAAGUGGAUUUGAAAGUGCUUGAGCAUGGCGACCUUGGAGAUCGGGUUGUUAUUGCUGAAUCGAGUAGUCUGGACCUUGUAUAG